CAGCAGGGCAGUCACUCUCCCAACACCUGCACCUGGUCACUUGAUUCACACUCAAACAACUCCCUUUCAAGGACCAAUGGACCAACCUCUUGUUCACAUCACGGUGAUGGUUGCUGCCAUGCAGGCGUAAACUUUUUUGGAAAGAGUGGAACAGGGAUCAGCUGUUUUUUUCUUUUCUUUUUAUUGUUGAGUGGAAGAAAUACCGUCGGUUAACAGCGACUGAUUAGGCAGCUUUUUCUCCUCCUCUCUCUCUCUCUUAAGGGGAAUUUUCAAACCUAUCGGAUUGUUUUAUUCCUGCGCAGCGCCGCUCAGAGAUUUUCCAACCCAGCUCGGAGGCACAAAACGCGGGGAAUGCAGCGGUAACAUCCCGCAAGUUUUUUGGAUCUCAGACUCGAAGCGUGUUUCGUGAAAACUCCUGACUUCAAAAGAUUUAGAUCUCUGUGGGCUACCUGCAUGACUGUUACCAUGACAGCAUCUGGAGCCCAACUCCUCCUGUUGGCCUUGUGUGUUUACAGAGGCUCAGGCCUGCAGCAGUCUGCUCCGCGGGUUCGCCUCUCCUUCAAAGAACUGAUGGACACGAGGGCAGCGCGGCCCUUCAGUUUCUCCUUCAACACCAGCGACUACCGCAUCCUCCAUAUGGAUCAGGAUCAGGGCCGUCUGUACCUGGGCAGCCGGGAGUACCUGGUGGCUCUGGACAUGCACAAUGUCAACAAGGAGCCACUCAUAAUUCACUGGCCAGCAUCUGCUAAGAGAAAGGGAGAAUGUCAGAUGACAGGAAAGGGAAGACAGGGUGAAUGUGCCAACUUUGUGCGGCUGAUAGAACCGUGGAACCGCACCCACCUCUACACCUGUGGAACAGGGGCGUACCAACCGAUCUGCACAUUCAUCAACAGAGGCUGGAGGGCAGAGGACUACCUGUUUCGGCUGGUCCCUGGGUAUGUGGACUCGGGGAAGGGAAAAUGUUCCUAUGAUCCCAAACAGGAGAGCAUUGCAGUUCUGCUCAAUGGUAACCUGUAUGCAGGGGUCCAUAUUGACUUCAUGAGUACAGAUGCUGCUGUGUUUAGGACCAUGGGAGGGAGAACAGCAAUCAGGACAGAGCAGUAUGACUCCAGGUGGCUCAACGAGCCUGUGUUUGUUCAGAUCCAGCAGAUCCCUGACAGUGCAGAAAGGAACGACGACAAGCUCUACUUCUUUUUCCGUGAGAAGAGUCUAGACUCGAGUGGUGGGGCGAGCCCCAGCGUUUUAGCCAGGGUGGGAAGAGUGUGUCUGAAUGAUGAAGGAGGCCAGAAGUCCCUGGUGAACCGCUGGACGACGUUCUUGAAGGCUCGUCUUAUCUGCUCGGUGAUCGGGGAAGAUGGAGUGGAGACACGAUUUGAUGAACUACGGGAUGUGUUUAUUCAGCCCACACAGGAUGAACGAAACCCGAUGGUGUACGCUCUCUUCACCACAGCCGGCUCUGUGUUCAAGGGCUCAGCAGUCUGCGUAUACUCAAUGGCUGAUAUCCGCAAUGUCUUCAAUGGACCGUUUGCCCACAAACAUGGACACAACUACCAGUGGACAGAGUACACUGGCAAGAUUCCCUACCCACGGCCUGGAACAUGUCCAGGAGGAACCUUCACUCCUGGCAUCCGUUCCUCCAAGAACUUCUCAGAUGAGGCUGUGAAUUUCAUCCGAGCCCAUCCCCUCAUGAUCCAUCCAGUUUAUCCAAUCCACCGCCGCCCCCUGGUGGUGAGAACCGGCGUGGACUACCGGUUCACUGCCCUGGUGGUGGAUCAGGUGGAUGCUGUGGACGGACGCUACGAGGUGCUCUUCCUGGGGACAGAUCGAGGCACUGUCCAGAAAGUUAUAGUUCUGCCCAAGGACCCAACUAGCAUGGAGGAACUGACUCUAGAGGAAGUGGAAGUUUUCCGGUCCAGAGCUCCAGUCAAAACAAUGAAGAUAUCCUCUAAAAGACAACAGCUGUACGUGUCAUCAGACGCGGGGCUGACCCAGGUGUCGCUGCACCGAUGUGGUGUGUAUGGCAGGGCCUGCUCUGACUGCUGUCUGGCUCGAGACCCCUACUGUGCCUGGGACGGAGAGAGCUGCUCUGCCUUCACCCCGUCCACCAAGAGGAGGAGCAGGAGACAGGAUGUUAAACAUGGCGACCCACUGAGGCAGUGCAGGGGCUUUAAUGCCAAAGUGGAAAAGCGUCUGAGAGAAAUAGUGCAGUUCGGCGUGGAGGGCAGCAGCACCUUCUUGGAGUGUCAGCCCCGCUCUCCCCAGGCCACCGUCAAGUGGCUCUUCCAGAGGGAAGGAAAGAGGAAAGUGACUCCUGCUGUUUCAUUCCCUUUUCUGCAGCUCAACCGUGUGGGAGGUAUUCUGAAGACCAACCAUGGUAUCCUCCUGAAGUCUCUCAACCAAUCAGACGCAGGGCUCUACCAUUGCCUCGCCACUGAGAACAACUUCAAACACACAGUGGCCCGUGUGGCGCUGCGCAUCCUGGAUCGAGACAUCGUUUUAGCUCUCACCGCUCAGGACGAGGACGAAGAGCCAAAAACUCGUCAAGCGGGACCUUACACUCAGUCGUCCCUCGUCUCCACACCUUUCCCGCCUGAGAUUAGACUGAUUAACCAGUACUGCCAGUCCUACUGGGAACAACUCAGUCCCAAACAGCAGCAGCGCAAGCGCACCAGCCGCAGGCACACAGAGGGCCAGGACCAAGGCCUCGGCUAGAGGGCAGAACGGACGCUGUCCAACACUGGCCCGUGUGGAUUUUUAUGGUGGACUUUUAUGUUUGACAUGCAUGUUUGUGUGUCACCUCCAUUCAUUAGGAAGGUGAUGCUGUCAUGCUGUCGUUUAAGUAUUAUAUUUGUGGUUUUGAGAGUCAGCCGAGAAAAAAAAUACACAUUGUGUAUAUUUUACAUCAUCAGUGACCACUUAAGUAUUUCCAUCUUUCAGGUAUCAGCUUGUGUUAGUUGGACAUUUAAACACACAAUAUGACAUUUUCUGCCGCUAGGGGUCUCUCGAUCAAAACAAUAACAAAAGACUGUGUUUGGUUGUGUGGGAUCACAGGAAUUGUUGUCUUCACCACAUGUCAUUGAUGUAAGCUUCUCUCGGUUAGGAUUCCUUCAGUGUUCAUCGUUCAGGAGGUUUUUAAGGGGACCUGAAUUAUUCCUGUCAAAAACUAAUGGUGAUUUAAACCAUUUGAAAACACAGAACGAAGCACUUUCAUGUUCAAAAUUUUUGUUUUUCAGACAC